AACCAGAUCUGGAACUCUGACCUUUCCCCUCACCUCCCUGCCACUCACCAGCCAGCCGCCUCUUGUCAGGUGAUCAGGCUGUCAACUAAGCUUCUGUAGGGUAAGGUUUCAGGUCAGCUGGAGCAUAUAAAGAUAGGUGCCAAGCCAGAGGCAGCAGAGACAACAGUGAAUGGCGAGGGGGCAACUAGACCCCUGCUGCCACCUCCUGGGAUGGAGCCCUAAGGAGCCUUAAGGCGGCCCUGUGCUUCUGCUACCCUGGCUGGACUCACAGCCUCCUCCCUGCACUAAAGCUCAGAACUGCAAAGCGGCCUCUCUCCUUGGACCUCUGCUGGGCCCUAGAGGGACCAGGCAGAACCUUCUGGGACCAUGGUUGGACUAAAGCCUUCAGAAGUACCUCCCACCACAGCUGUGAAAUUCCUGGGGGCAGGCACAGCGGCCUGUUUUGCUGAUCUCCUCACCUUUCCACUGGACACAGCCAAGGUCCGCCUGCAGAUCCAGGGGGAGAACCAAGCAACCCAGGCAGCCCAGAGACCCCAGUACCGCGGCGUGCUGGGCACCAUCCUGACCAUGGUGCGCACCGAGGGCCCCCGCAGCCCCUACAACGGGCUGGUCGCCGGCCUGCAGCGCCAGAUGAGCUUUGCCUCCAUCCGCAUUGGCCUCUACGACUCUGUCAAGCAGUUCUACACCCCCAAAGGAGCGGACCACUCAAGCAUCACUACCCGGAUUUUGGCAGGCUGCACCACAGGGGUCAUGGCGGUAUCGUGCGCCCAGCCCACGGAUGUGGUGAAAGUCCGGUUUCAGGCCAGCAUACACCUUGGGGCCGGGAGCAACAGGAAAUACAGUGGGACAAUGGAUGCCUACAGGACCAUUGCCAGGGAGGAAGGGGUCAGGGGCCUAUGGAAAGGAACUUUGCCCAACAUCACAAGGAAUGCCAUCGUCAACUGUGCCGAGAUGGUGACCUAUGACAUCAUCAAGGAGAAGCUGCUAGACUAUCACCUGCUCACUGACAACUUCCCCUGCCACUUCAUCUCUGCCUUUGGAGCUGGCUUCUGUGCCACAGUGGUGGCCUCCCCAGUGGAUGUGGUGAAGACCCGGUACAUGAACUCGCCCCCAGGGCAAUACCGCAGCCCCCUGGACUGUAUGCUGAAGAUGGUGGCCCACGAGGGCCCCACAGCCUUCUAUAAGGGAUUUACACCAUCCUUUUUGCGUUUGGGAACCUGGAAUGUGGUGAUGUUCGUGACCUAUGAGCAGCUGAAACGGGCCUUCAUGAAAGUCCAGAUGCUACGGGAAUCUCCAUUCUGAAUAAAGCAAGCCCACCUGGUACUUAACUAGAACAAGAACCAGUGGGUCCAGGCACACACAAACCCACACAUGUUUACAGAACUGUUUACUUGCUACUGAGUCAAGAAAUAGAAGCAGAAGAAGGAUUCUGGUCUUCGGUGCUUUGUCUUACGAACACAUCUGUUUUGCACUGACAAGAUGGAAAUUAAAUUAUAUUAAUUUGGGGGACCCAUAUGUUGGAUGCCUAACAUUUAGGCAAGAGAAAAUAAACCAAAACAUCCAUUUGGAUAAAACAAAAGCUUGCAAACCUCUGUGCUCUAAAAAAAAAAAUCUGAUUAAAUGACGAAUUGAAAACAGGGAAGACUGCAAGCAUGGGACAGCAGUGGCACAUGACACUUGGAAAGCAGCGAAGGAGUUUGGAGGGAUGCUGCCAAAGCAACAUAGCUGUGACUACAGCCUUUGGUUAACCGUGGGUCAUCAGCCAUAUAUGUAAUGUGCCUGCCAUUUAGAAGCCAUUGGGAUUCUAGAGAAUAUGAGACCAAAAAAAGACAGAGAGAAAGAAAACCUGGAACCUGUGCCAAAGGAACACUGCUGGGCCAGCAUGAGGCUGAGAUUCGUAACUGUUCCCUGAUUACACUGGAGAAUCAAGAGGGCGGACUCCAUCUUCUCUCCUGUAAGAUGGGAGUAAUAAUCGUUUCCCUCCUCCCUCACCAGUGAUUGUAUGAGGAUAAGUGACAAGGUGGACACGAAAGCACUUCCUAAAAGCAAAAGCUCUGAUAUUUACAAGUGUAAAUAUAAGGACAAGGCCUUGGGAAAGAUUUUCUCAGGACAGUGAGGAAGUGCCAGGGAAGUUUUUGAAAGGUUGAAAGGUUGUCUAGAGCUUAGACCAAAGGAGCCAGGGGCUGGGGCGCCAGGGGUGACAGAGAAUGGUGUGCACUCACAGAAGCCCCACUCCCAUGCAGCCCUUGCUUUCCAGCGGGACUGUGAGGCUCCUGAGGGGUGCUGGGCUUGGGGAAAAAGAGGUAGAUGUCAGGCUGACAGCCUAAAGUAGCAGGACUCAGAGGUUUUUGGAAAAUUAGUAUAAUUCAAUAAAGGGUGUGGGAAUGAGAACAGCUAUUUUUUUUUUUUUUUUUUUUUGCCUUGUCUUUCUUGGACAGAAUGUCCCUUUCUCACCAGGUUUCCUGUUAGCCAGGGCUGGGCCUUUGGCCCCACAUGUUCCCACUGCCUUCAGCCCAGGCCGGUUGCUCUGCCUUUUAGGGCUUUGACUUCUCCAUCUGUAUGUAAAAGGUGGGCUUGAACCAGACGACCUCCUUUUGAACUUCACUGCAGCUCUUUCAGGCUGAUAAUGAGGACCCAGAAUGUCAGUCUUCUUCUGCUUCUUAGCAGCUUAUGUGAUGCUAAUAACAGAACUGGGGUCAAAUGUCCCCUCCCCUCACCUUAGCAAAAACCUAAUCACCAGGAAUCCUAGUACCUCGGUGUCCUAGCAGAGAAGUGGAAAUAACAACCCCCCACUUUGCAGAAGUGCCCAGCAACGUAAUCCCUCCCUCCCCACUCUAACCUCCCUGCAUCCCUGAGGAAAAAGCAAAUGUCCACUCACUCUCAGCAUUUUCCUAAAUUUAAAUUACAAUUUGAGAUUAUCAACAUACACAAACUGGAAAGUCCAAAUAAAAACAAAAAAAUAAAGAUUAUUUUUAUUUAAUGUCUGCUUUGACUUUCAAAUAAAACCCAUAUUUAAAACUUUUUCUUUUGACUUGACUGGCAUUUGCAAAUCAUUCUUAAACUCCCAGUCUCAGUUUGUAAAUUCCUAGGGCCAGGAACUAUGUCUUCUAUGAAUUUCUACAUAGCAAUAUAUUUUUUAAAGAUUUAUUUAUUUAUUUUAGGAAGAGAAAGAGAGCACGAGCAGUGGGAGGAG